CGCAUUCUUCCCUUAGAGUCCGCUCAGGAUCUCUUUCCAGCUCCGUCCAGAGCUGGUCUCAGCAUUACAACUCUGCUUGUAGGCAAUCAAUGGGGCCAAACGUUCGCCUGCUCCGGUCUUGCCACUCCGGUUACAGACUAUGCUGGUAACAUGACUGGGACUACUUCGCCUAUUCCACAAUCUGAAAAUGUUCUUCCUCCUGCUCCUGUGUCAGCAGCAUCAAAUAACCCGGAGUUUAUCCAACCAGAUGGAAGUGGGCAAGCAAUUUUGCCACCGCCAUCCACGACUCUAGUAUCGUUCGGUCAAGCACUUACUGGAGGUCAUUCGAUCACGUCUAUUGGGAUCUCUGCCGUUGAUACUAUCUCCAGGCAGCGCAUGCCAUAUUUAGUGCGACCUUAUCGUCCAGAGACUGAUCGCAAGGCUGUAUAUGAAAUCUGUCGUCGUAUGAUUCUACGGAGAGCCGGCUUUCCUUUGGAGGCGUGGCCCCCCGAAUUAGCCGAUCUUCCUGGAGACCGGUAUGAUGAGAUGGAUUUUUUAAAUAUUGUUUAA